GUGAUUGGUAAUUAAUUUGUUUUGUUUGUAAUUUCAUAGCAUAGCACAUCGCAAGACGUUUUCCGCACAGUUUUUCCGCGACCUUGUCUAUGUGUCACAGUCACAGGAAAUAAAUAAUAGUUCACUGCUGACUUGCUGAGCUCGAGCUGUAAUCAGUCAUUGAUAUUUAAUCACGCGUUCCUAGUUCCUAUGAAGAAACCAAUUUCCUAAGAAUGUCCAAUGAGGGAAACCUAGAAGUGGACGUGAUGUACGGCCUAAAAACAGUUCUAUCUCAAAUUGAAGCCGCAGUCGCCAGGAGGAGUAAAGAUUUACCUCAAGUGUCACCAAGACUAGUGGCUGUAUCAAAAAUUAAACCGGUUCCCGUAAUAGUUGAGGCAUAUGAAGCGGGACAGAGACAUUUUGGUGAAAAUUAUGUAAACGAACUGGCAGAUAAAGCAAGUGACCCAAUUAUCCUUGCAAAAUGCAAAGAUAUCAAAUGGCAUUUCAUAGGUCAUCUACAGACAAAUAAAAUUAAUAAACUCCUUGGAUCACCUAAUCUCUUUAUGGUUGAGACUGUUGAUUCUGAAAAGCUUGCAGAUAAUCUGAAUAAACAGUGGUUAAAAUUAAGAAAAGAGGAGGAGAAGUUGAAAGUUAUGGUGCAAAUCAAUACCAGUGCUGAGGAAGCCAAAAAUGGAAUAGAGCCAGCACAAUCAACGAAAUUGGUUGAACAUGUUUUGAAGAGUUGCCUGAAUCUCGAAUUCAUUGGUCUCAUGACUAUUGGUCAAUAUGACUAUGAUACCUCAAAGGGUCCUAAUCCAGACUUCUUGACUCUUGCAAAGUGUCGCCAGGAGGUUUGUGAUAAUUUAAAACUGGAUAUCAACAAAGUGGAGUUGUCUAUGGGAAUGUCCAGUGAUUUUGAAAAUGCGAUUGAAUUAGGAGCCACAACUGUGAGAGUCGGGUCAAAUAUAUUUGGUGCACGUCCACAAAAAGCUAAAACUAACUAAUAAGGGUUUUUAACAUAAUUCAGAUUCAAAAAGAGGGUACCUAAUUUAAUCAUAGCAUUAAAAUUUGCAGAAAAUGGGUUUAAGUUUAUAAUUACUUUUUAAAGAAUGUAUAUAUUGCUUAGAUAGAUCAUGUAU